CAACGAGAAUCGGCGAGACUCGUCCUUUCCAAAAAUAAGCCAACAUGGGUAUCUCCCGUGACAAGUGGCAUAAGCGUAGGUCGACCGGUGGUCGCAUGAACCAGCUUCGUAAGAAGAGGAAAUUUGAACUUGGUCGGCCACCAGCACAAACAAAGCUUGGUCCCAAGCGUAUUCACACUAUCAGAACACGUGGGGGUAACAAGAAAUACAGAGCACUCCGUCUUGACACAGGAAACUUUUCCUGGGGAUCUGAAGCGAUAUCUAGGAAGACGAGAAUCAUUGACGUUGUAUACAAUGCCAGUAACAAUGAAUUGGUGAGAACGAAGACCCUUGUGAAGAGUACCAUUAUACAGAUUGAUGCUACACCGUUCAGACAAUGGUAUGAGGCUCAUUAUGCUGCACCUCUCGGUCGUAAGAAGGGUGUUAAAUUGACAGAACUGGAAGAGGCUAACCUUAAUAAAGUACGGUCAAAGAAAACGAUGAAAAAAUAUGAAGAGAGACAGAAAUCGAAGCAAGUGGAACAAGCCCUUGAAGACCAGUUUGCUACUGGCCGUGUGAUAGCAAAAAUCGCAUCCAGACCUGGCUGUACUGGACGAUGUGACGGUUAUAUCCUUGAAGGAAAAGAGCUUGAGUUCUACAUCAGAAAAAUGAAGACCAAGAAGGGGAAAUAAUCUGUGAAAUAUCUGUACAGUGUGAAAAUAAAAAAAAGACAAGA